AUUGCUGUCCGAUCACGACGCCCGUCUGUUAAAGCUUCAAAGUUUUCAUAGUAUUGUAGUCUUUGGUUUUCAUUCUGUCUGCUGUCAGUCGGCCAAAACAAAGCAAAGCGAAGCGUCAGUGGCCGUCUUUAAACUAAAUACAAGACGCAUUGAUUGUCUGAUAAAUUUAAGAAUAAAGAAAUGUUUACGUUUUGGUAAAAUACAGUUAUCUUUGUGGUAUCGUGCAAAAUACAAACGACUGAUUGUGAAACAUGUAUGCCGGUAAAUUAAAGACUGAUUCAAACAUAGCAUGGCAUCGUCCACAAUCGUCGCCGUUCCGCGUCGAGGAGGAGUUGAUGCAGAAGAGCGCACGAGCGCUCAGCACUAUCACCGACCCUGUGGAGAGACUGCGUCUUCUUUGCCUCACACGCGGAGCGUCGGGAAUUAUGGAACUGGGCAGGAUUUUCCGAAAAAUGGAUAACGACGGAAGAAAACAACUUAACAAGGAAGAGUUUUUCAUGGGCAUCAAAAACACUGGACUAGACUUAAGCCACGAGGAUGCAGAGAAAUUGUUCGCCCAUUUCGACACAGCUAACAGCGGUUCUAUUAGCGUCGAUGAAUUCAUCAAACAGAUUCGUCCUCCGAUGUCUGACGGCCGCCAUGCUAUAGUCGAUCGCGCGUUCAGGAAACUGGAUAAACAUGGAUUAGGGGUCAUUGCCACAGAGGAUCUCCGUGGCGUUUAUUCGGUCGCUGCAAACCCGAGGUACAAGAGUGGCGAAGAGACCGAAGAACUGCUCAUGACCAAAUUCCUAGCUAACUUUGAGAGCGAGGGCACCGUUGGUGGCAAGGUAACGCUUGAGGAGUUCAUGAACUACUACAGCGGCAUCAGCGUAUCCAUCGACAACGACUGCUACUUUGAUCUCUUAAUGCGGCAGGCCUACAACCUCUAGAUAUCAGAUCUCAGGCCAGAAGUAUGGACUUAAAAUAUCAUAGACUUAACGUCGCCGAACCCAAACUGUAAAUUCAUGACACGCCCAUUUCUUUCGUAUUUACGCGCACACAUUUAAGCGGUUUUUUUUAAAUAAUAUUUUAUGCGAUAAACGCUGCGUUAACAUCGGAUAUCUAAUUACCGAACAUUGUUUUACGCGGUAUCCGCAGCGUGAGAUGUAAUGCGUCAAUCGCACAUACACAAUAUUUUAUCUUCAAAGUAUGUGUAAGGAGUAUCCUUGUCAUAGUACAAAGAGUGGGGAAAUAGGUUAUCUUCAUACAAACGCACCGCGCGCGGCUUGUAUGUGUGCGCCAUAGUAUCUAUGCGUCGCCGCACGCACACUCAAACAAAAUCUCGAUCCGUUUCUCAGUGCGCCAUUCGGGGCUUUUGUUUGAGUGUGCGUGCGGCGACGUAAAGAUACUAUGGGCACUAUGGCGCACACAUACAAGCCGCGCGCGGUGCGUUUGUAUGAAGAUAACCUACUUCCCCACUUUUUGUACUAUGUCCUUAUUCAUUACGUGAAACGCGUAGGUUCGGUCGACUCAUUUCCUAUCGGGCUUUUCCGAUUCUGCGUCAAUGGACGAUUCUAUAAAGUUGUACAUCCAAAUUUUGUGUUACAAUUAUGUUUUUUGUUACUCAGAAUCAUGAACUUUCAUUUUGAGUUAGAAAAAAUAUGUCCCCAAUUUUUGGGUCCAAUUCGUUACGUUUUUAAUGCGACUUUUAAAUAAAAUUUAUAAAUAAAAAAAGUUAAACCUACUUCAAGAAGUAUAAAAUAAAGUAUCAUCCCGUUUUAUAUGCGCUAGCAACUGAUACGUUUGAAGUCGGUGCUAAGCCAAAUCUUAAAUAAAACUUCAAAACGCCGUCAACCCGAAUGCCAGCCCUGGUGUAGUUCGAUAAGAAAGAAAGAAUCAGUAUUUUAACUAUUUGGCUUGGUACCGACUUCAAACGUAUCAGUUGCAAGCGUGUAUAAAACGGCAUGAUAUUUUAUUUUAUACUUUAUGAAAUCGGUUUUACUCUUACUUUAAAAGUUUAAUUUUAUUAUUCCGUUUUUAGUUUUUCUUACUAGUGAUUAUUGAUAGGUGUGGAGAGACGGUACAGACGCAGCAUUGUACGCAUAACAAAGUUGCACUAUGUUAUUUAAACGUAGGAAGAAUGACAAUGCGUUUGACGUGGCGUUUAACGCACGCGUUUGCCGCAAAUAACAUUGACGUGUUUUCAGGACGCAGAUGCGGCAAACGCAUUCCGUUAAUCGCAUGUAUUUAACGCUGCAAUUUCCACACAUAACAACUGAGCGCUUUACAGCUCAGGGCCAGCGGUCAUUGGCUCAAUAAGCGAGUAUGUGUGCGUACGACAUUCAGGCCCCUCUUUCCCACUGGGCACUCUGGGCACGUGCCCGGGGCCCCCAACCUCACGGGCGCCCCGAAAGAUCUUAAACGCCGUUUUUUACAGUCCAAUGGGGUUUUUAAUAGGGGGCCCCCUAUUCCUGAGUGCCCAAGGCCCCCGUGUGUAUAAAGACGGCCUUGACGACAUUGGCGUGUCAUGAAGUCACAAAGACCUAAGUUUUAGCGAGGUGGUGUCCUUGCAUUUUACGUCCAUGGCCAGUCUUUAUUUGCCAAAUGUUUCAUACCAUUUGGACAAACAGGACAGCACAUACACGCAUAUUUUAAUGCUUUAGCGAGCACUCGGUGACUAUGCUUUAUUCAUGAUAUUAUUAAUGCUAAAAAUGUGUAUUUAACAAAUGAAUGAUGUUUGAAACAUGCCAUGUUUCCUAUUAAUUAAAUGUUUUCAAUGUAA